GCGGCGAAACUGGAAGUGCGAGCGGACCGGGUGUUGGUGGUCCCUAGGCAGGGCCUGCACCUGUCUUCAUGGACUCCACUUCCUGCUUGAAGUCUUUGCUCUUGACCAUCAGUCAGUACAAAGCCGUUAAGUCAGAGGCGAACGCCACUCAGCUGUUGCGGUACUUGGAGGUAAUUUCUGAACAAAAGCUCACACGACUGUUUACAUCAAAUCAGAUAUUACCAAGUAAAUGCCUGAGUUGCCUUGUAGAGCUGCUUGAAGACCCAAACAUAAGUGCUUCACUGAUCUUAAGGGUUAUUAAUUUGCUGUCUCAACUAGCUGUGGACAAUGAAACCAGAGACUGUCUUCAAAAUACAUACAACUUGAAUAGUGUACUGGCAGGAGUGGUUUGUCACAACAAUGCUUGCCACAGUGAUUCAGUAUUUUUGCAGUGCAUUCAGCUUCUACAGAAGUUAACAUAUAAUGUGAAAAUUUUCCAUUCUAGUUCCAAUAUAGAUGAAUUAAUUACAUUUCUGAUAGAUCACAUUCAGUCUUCCGAAGAUGAGUUAACAAUGCCUUGUCUAGGAUUAUUGGCAAAUCUUUGUCGGCAAAAUCUUUCUGUUCAAACACAUAUAAAGACUUUGAGUAGUGUGAAAAGCUUUUAUCGAACUCUUAUAGCCUUCCUAGCCCAUAGUAGUUUAACUGUGGUUGUGUUUGCACUUUCAAUACUGUCCAGUUUGACAUUAAAUGAAGAGGUGGGAGAAAAGCUAUUCCAUGCAAGAAACAUUCAUCAGACUUUUCAACUAAUAUUUAAUAUUCUCGUAAAUGGUGAUGGUACCCUAACACGAAAGUAUUCAGUUGACUUGCUGAUGGAUCUCCUUAAGAAUCCUAAAAUUGCUGACUAUCUUACCAGGUAUGAGCACUUUUCUUCAUGUCUUAAUCAAGUAUUAGGUCUUCUUAAUGGGAAAGACCCUGAUUCUUCUUCAAAGGUUUUAGAAUUACUUCUUGCCUUCUGUUCAGUGACUCAGCUGCGCCAUGUGAUCACUCAGAUGAUGUUUGAACAGUCUUCAUCAGGCAACACUGUUUUGGGAAACGGUUCUAAGUGCCUAGAGCCUGCUGUGGCUCUACUUCGUUGGUUAAGCCUGCCUUUGGAUGAAUCAGAAAACUGUUCUCUUUUAGCAUUGGAGUUGUUCAAGGAAAUAUUCGAGGAUGCCAUAGAUACGUCUAACUGUUCCUCAGCUGACCGAUUUGUGACCCUUUUGCUGCCUACAAUCGUUGAUCAACUUCAGUUUACAGAACAGAAUUUGAAUGAGGCCUUAAUAAGAAAAAAAUGUGAAAGGAUGGUCAAAGCCAUUGAAGUUUUACUAACUUUGUGUGGAGAUGAUACUCUGAAAAUGCACGUUGCCAAAAUUCUGACUACUAUCAAAUGUACCACUCUAGUAGAGCAACAGUUUACAUAUGGCAAGAUUGAUCUAGGGUUUGGAACUAAGGUAGCAGAUUCUGAAUUAUGCAAACUUGCUGCUGAUGUAAUUUUGAAAACUCUUGAUUUAAUGAACAAACUUAAACAGUUGGUUCCUGGUAUGGAAGUUAGUUUCUACAAAAUCCUUCAGGAUCCACGUUUGAUUACUCCUUUGGCUUUUGCUUUAACAUCAGAUAACAGAGAACAAGUACAAUCUGGACUGGGAAUAUUAUUGGAAGCUGCUCCACUGCCAGAUUUUCCAGCUUUAGUACUUGGAGAAAGUAUAGCAGCAAACAAUGCAUAUAGACAACAGGAAACAGAACAUAUGCCCAGUAGACUGCCUUUGCAAUUAUUAAAUCACAGUUCUUCAACAACAGUAAAGUGUUUAACUCCUCCCCCAUCAAAAGAUAAUGUUCCUGGAUUGAACAUUGAGGAGUUAAUAGAAAAACUUCAGUCUGGGGUUAUGCUAAAGGACCAGAUUAACGAUGGGAGAAUAUCUGACAUAAUGGAUGUGUAUGAGAUGAAAUUGUCUACAUUAGCUUCUAAAGAAAGCAGGUUACAAGAUCUCCUGGAAGCAAAAGCUCUAGCUCUUGCACAGGCUGAUAGACUGAUUGCUCAAUAUCGCUGUCAAAGGACUCAAGCUGAGACAGAGGCACGGACACUUGCUGGUAUGUUGAGAGAAGUUGAAAGAAAAAAUGAAGAGCUUAGUGUGUUGCUGAAGUCACAACAGCUUGAGUCAGAAAGAGCCCAGAGUGAUAUUGAACAUCUCUUUCAACAUAAUAGGAAAUUACAGUCUGUGGCUGAAGAGCAUGAAAUACUGACAAAAUCCUACAUGGAACUUCUUCAGAGAAAUGAAACUACUGAAAAGAAGAAUAAAGACCUACAGAUCACAUGUGAUUCUCUGAAUAAACAAAUUGAAACAGUGAAAAAGUUGAAUGAAUCACUCAAGCAACAAAAUGAAAAAACUAUUGCCCAAUUAACAGAGAAAGAAGAACAGCGAAAAGAAGUCCAGAACCAGUUAGUCGACAGAGAAUGUAAAUUAGCAAAUUUGCAUCAAAAAGCAAAAGUACAAGAAGAAAAGAUUAAAGUCUUACAAAAGGAAAGGGAAGAUAAGGAAGAAACCAUUGGUAUUCUUAGAAAGGAAUUAAGCAGAACAGAACAGAUGAGAAAGGAGUUGAGCAUUAAGGCUUCUUCCUUGGAGGUUCAGAAGGCCCAAUUAGAAGGUCGUUUGGAAGAAAAAGAGUCUGUGGUGAAACUUCAGCAAGAGGAGUUGAAUAAACACUCUCACAUGAUAGCAAUGAUCCACAGUUUAAGUGGUGGAAAAAUAAAUCCAGAAACUGUGAAUCUUAGUAUAUAAACAUUAUGACAUUUUGAAAUUUGUGAUCUAGUGGCAUUUUUUGUGUAUUUAUGUGUUUGAGAAGUAUGGUUAAGGGAGGUAAUCUGUGGCUCCAGAACAAGUGGAAAUUAUCUAAUUAUUAAUUUAGUAAAGAUCCUAAUUUGAUGUGUCUUUCAUUUUGUCAUUUGAAUA